AUGAAAUUCAUCCUUUCGUGCUCAAUAUGCUUAUAGAAUUUAAAAAAUCCGGUCUCUCUGAGUUGUGGACACACUUUUUGUUAAACUUGCAUAUAAAAUUCUUUUGAAACAUAAGAAUUUUGUGCAUGUCCCUUGUGUCGUUAACCCGCAUUACUUGGCAACAAUAAAACUGAUGAAUUACUACCAAUAGUUCAAUAGAUUUAUGAAUAAGAAGGAACUUAAAGUAUAAUUGAUAUUUAAAUUAGGUUUAUUAAAUGAAUUUCCAUCUUUAAUUAUAUGCCUUUGUUGUGGAUUAACUCCAGUCAACCCAGUAGUGCUUUCUUGCUAACAUAUGUUUUGUUAAAAAUGUAUAGAAGAAAGUUUAAAAGAAGAAUUAUUAUGCCCUGCUUGUUCAGAUUAUUGUUUUAAUAUCAAAGUCAAUACAAAUAAGAAAUAUAAAGAUCUCAUAGAUUGGUAUUUAAAGGAAUUCAAAAUAGAAGAAGAGUAAGAAAUUAAUUAAGGUGUUUAAAAUGAUAAAAUAUAUGGUAUUCCAAUCUUCCUUUACGAUUAAUCAGUAUUCAUAUAUGGAUCAACUGAGUUCCAAUUUUUAGAAUUUAGAUAUUUAGAAAUGAUAAAAAUGGUUAGUUCUGGUUCAGGAAAUUUUAUUGUAUCUAGUGAUAUGAUAAAUGGAGAUUUGGUAUAAAUAAGAAGCAUUAAAAAAACAAAGAAAGGAUAUUAAGUUUAAGUUGAUGGUUUAUAAAGAAUAAAAAUAAAAUAAAUCUAUGCUUAUAUUGAUGGAGUUAAAACAUAAUAUUAAUAAUGGAAUAAUUCAUAAUUAUGGCUUGCUUAAUGUGAAUAUGUAAAAGAUUAAAUUUUUAAAGAAAAUUGUUUUUAGCAUUACAAUUAUAUUGUUGCUACAUUACAAAAAUUAUACUAAAAUAUUAAUUUGGAAGUAAGAGAUAUAUUUUAGAAUUUUAUGAAAAAAAUUACUACUUUAUCAAAUUCUGAAAGCAGUCUUAUUCUAUUAACUUCACUAAAUAAUAAUUUUGAAUAAUAAUACUAUGAAACAGAUAUAGAGAAAAGAGUUUAAUAAAUUUAAUAACAUUUUGCUAUUUUAGAAUAAAAAAUUAAAGGAAUUUAUGGCAAAGACGAUUAAAUUUAAUAUGCAAAACUAAAACAAGAUAACAUUGAAAUAAUAUAAUACCCAGAAUUCGAUGUCACUACUUAAUAUUUUCUAAAUCUCUUUAAUAUUAAAAAAGUUUUAUGUUUUUGA